CGUCUAUAUACUAACUCUUUUAUUUCCUCAGCUUCUUGUGUUUGGAAAGUCAUUGAACAAGCCCUACAGUGUCCUGCGGGAAGGUUUGCGCAGUGUUGGGCACCCCGCGCCGGAAUGUCACUGCGCAGAGAUUGGACUCGACAAAAACAAGUGAUUAAGGUGAGAUGACAUUACUACCUACUUUGUUAUUCACGCGGCAGGCAGGAAUGCAUGCAUGGCUUGUAGAUAAACAUGAAGAGGAUGACACAGCGUUCGUAAAUAAUGAACUAUAAAGGGAGUAAAGCAUCGAGAGAGCAAGUGAUGGCAGCUGUGGAAAGCUGUGCGGUGGAGGCGGUAGUGAAAGAGAAGCUGAGCCAGGCAAGGGAGUUCAAGGAGAAAGGUAAUGAGCACUUCAAGCAGCAGCAAAUCAAGAAGGCCAUAAAGAGUUAUCAUAGUGGACUGCUGUACAUUAAGGGGAUCAACCAGGACCUCAACCCUAACAAACUGCUUGGCCCAGAUGAUCCACCUCCAACUAUCUCCAAGGAAACAAAGGCUGCAUUGGAGGUGGUAUCUGCUGACUUGCACAAUAACAUAGCAGCCUGUCUGCUGAAGCAGGAACCAGUGAGAUAUGAAAGGGUUGUUGAGUGCUGCCAGGAGGUGACAACACUGCAGCCAAGCAAUGUGAAGGGUUGGUACCGCCUUGGCCUGGCCUAUCACAACCUGCGGGACUUUGAUGCUGCCAAGGCUGCACUGAAGGAGGCAAACCAGAUAGCAGAGGGUCAAGACAUGGCUGUGAGGAAAUUGAUGGUGGCAGUGGACCAGGAACUCAAGAAGGAGAAUAAAAAGUUUAAUGAUAUGUUCAAGAACAGCCUACUAGCAAAGAAAACGUGAUACUUCCUUGAUGUAGUUGUUGUAUGGAAGCCUCUCCUUGUCUUAUUUUUGUGGUGUUGGGUCUUUUCCUUCAUUUCUUUAGUUCACACUGAUGGGAAGCAGUGCCCAACAUCAGCUGACCUUGGCACGGAUCACAAACUGACUGAGUAGUGAGUUGAAGCUUGCAAUUAUGAUCACCAGUGUUCAGUUGUGUGCAGUUUUGAUCAUUGAUGUAUCAUUAACAUCACCAUUGUUAGUGUGAAUUGCAUUGCAUCAGUAUUAAAAUUUACCCAUUCUUAUGUCAUGAGAAAAGGAGUUGGCAGUGGACUGGAGAAUAUUCAUUGUAAUGUCUGGAUUGUGGCUUCAUGAUUGCAGUUAAAACAAAUGUAAAUUAAUUUGUUACAGUUUAAUAACUUUAUGCUGAAUGUUUAUGGGGUGAGGCAGUUGCUGUUUUUGUGUGUGUGUGUGUGUGUGGGUGUGAGUGUGGGUGUGGGUGUGAGUGUGGGUGUGGGUGUGGGUGUGUGUGUGAGAGGGCGGUGAUUAGGUGUGUCUUGCAGUCUUAGCUUUCAGCUUGACUGGGGCACAAAUGUAAAAAUGAAAUAAACUAUUUUUUUGGUAAUUAUUUGACAGGAUAUAUACAUACAUGUAAAUGUAUUAAUACUUCUUUGCCAAGAAUGGCCUUAUGUAUUAAUUUCUUAAAAUCCAUACAAACCACUAUAAUGAUUUACUUUAUAAAUUUAUCAUACAAACUACUAUAAUAAUUUAUAAAUUUAUCAAAGAAAUUACAGCAUGUCUACUUAAAUAGAACUGUACAAAAUUAUUGAAUAAAUCAAAGCAUGCUCGA